CCCUGGAAUGGGUGAAUUUAGGGUCCAUCGAGUUCGUUUCUUUAAUUAUGUCCCAUCAGGGAUCCGUUGUGUGGCUUACAAUAACCAGUCAAACAAAUUGGCUGUUUCACGAAUAGAUGGCACUGUGGAAAUUUAUAACUUGUCAGCAAACUACUUUCAGGAGAAGUUUUUCCCAGGUCAUGAGUCUCGGACUACAGAAGCUCUGUGCUGGGCAAAAGGACAGCGACUCUUCAGUGGUGGACUCAAUGGAGAAAUUAUCGAGUAUGACCUCCAGGCAUUAAACAUCAAGUAUUCAAUGGAUGCCUUCGGAGGACCCAUAUGGAGCAUGACUGCUAGCCCCAGUGGCUCUCAACUUUUGAUUGGCUGUGAGGAUGGAUCUGUGAAACUAUUUCAAAUCACUUCAGACAGAAUCCAGUUUGAAAGAAAUUUUGAUCGGCAGAAAAGUCGCAUCCUGAGUCUCAGCUGGCAUCCCUCUGGUACCCACAUUGCAGCUGGCUCCAUAGACUACAUUAGUGUGUUUGAUGUCAAAUCAGGGAGUGCUACUCAUAAGAUGAUUGUGGACAGGCGAUACAUGGGUGUAUCUAAACGGAAGUGCAUCAUUUGGGGUGUGGCUUUCUUGUCUGAUGGCACUGUCAUAAGUGUAGACUCUGUGGGGAAGGUGCAGUUCUGGGACUCAGCUACUGGAACACUCAUCAAGAGCCAUCUCAUCGCAAAUGCUGAUGUGCAGUCCAUUGCCGUAUCUGAUCAAGAAGACAGUUUCGUGGUGGGCACAGCCGAGGGGACGGUAUUCCAUUUUCAGCUGGUCUCUGUGACUUCCAACAGCAAAGAGAAACAGUGGGUUCGGACAAAGCCUUUCCAGUAUCACACUCAUGACGUGCGCGCCGUGGCCCACAGCCCGACGGCGCUCAUUUCUGGAGGCACAGAUACUCACUUAGUUAUUCGUCCUCUCAUGGAGAAGGUGGAAGUAAAGAAUUAUGAUGCUGCGCUCCGAAAAAUCACCUUCCCUCAUCGCUGUCUCAUUUCCUGUUCAAAGAAGAAGCAGCUCCUCCUCUUCCAAUUUGCUCAUCACUUGGAACUUUGGAGACUGGGAGCCACAGGUGCAACAGGAAAGAAUGGAGAUAUCCUUCCACUCUCUAAAAAUGCAGAUCAUUUACUACAGCUCAAGAAAAAGGGUCCUGAGAAUAUCAUUUGCAGCUGUAUCUCCCCAUGUGGAAGUUGGAUAGCCUAUUCUACAGCCUCUAGGUUUUUUCUUUACCGGUUGAGUUAUGAACAUGACAACAUAAGCCUCCAAAGGGUUCCCAAAAUGCCAGCAUUCCUUCACGCUGCCCUUCAGAUUUUGUUUUCUGAAGACUCCACCAGGCUCUUUGUGGCAUCACCUCAAGGGUCUCUCCAUAUCAUCCAGCUGUCGGAAGGACACUUUAAACACCUGCAUACUUUCCAGCCCCAGUCAGGGACUGUGGAAGCCAUGUGUCUGUUGGCAGUCAGUCCUGAUGGUAAUUGGCUGGCUGCAUCAGGUACCAGUGCUGGGGUCCACAUCUACAGCCUGAAACAAUUAAAGCCUCACUGCACAGUGCCUGCUUACAACUUCCCUGUGACUGCCCUUGCCAUCGCUCCCAAUACCAACAACCUUGUUGUUGCUCAUUCUGACCAACAGGUAUUUGAGUACAGCAUCCCAGACAAGCAGUAUACAGAGUGGAGCCGGACCAUUCAGAAGCAUGGGUUUCAUCACCUUUGGCUCCAAAGGGAUACUCCCAUCACACACAUCAGUUUUCAUCCCAAAAGACCAAUGCACAUCCUUCUCCAUGAUGCCUAUAUGUUCUGCAUCAUUGACAAGUCAUUGCCUCUUCCUAAUGACAGAACCUUACUCUACAAUCCAGCUUCUCUCAUGAAUGAAUCAGAUAUCAGGCGGCGUACAGCUCAUGCUUUUAAAAUUUCUAAGAAAUACAAGCCUCUCCUCUUCAUGGAACUGUUGGAUGAAAGAACACUGGUGGCAGUAGAACGGCCCCUGGAUGACAUCAUUGCUCAGCUCCCACCACCCAUCAAAAAGAAGAAAUUUGGGACUUAAAACUGGACAUUGUCUGUGCCCUUCCUUGUACUGUUUGCCCUAUUUCUUUUCACAAAUCAUGAUAAUAAAACAAAGUUAUUCUU